AUGGUCUGCAAAAAAUGUGAGAAGAAGCUCGGCAAAGUCAUAUGUCCGGAUAAGUGGAAAGAAGGCUCGAGGAACGUCGCCGAUUCAAACCAUACGAGAAUAAAUGCAAGAUCUGUAAAUCUCGAGUGCAUCAAGAACAUGCCCAUUACUGCCAAGCAUGUGCCGAGGAUGUUUUCGUUAAUCAAGAAUGAUCGAAUACCCGUCUAUGCUGACGAGGAAUCGGACGCGAUGGGCGAUGUCGGAUUUCCAUAUGUAGUACAAGGAUAG